UGGACCUCGAUAGAAUGAGCGUGUCCUCCGAGUACAGAUUCCUUCUCGAAGAUCUCGACAUGGUGCUUCGAAUGUUCGUUCAGGGCCUACAGUGAUACAUCGUCAGUCCAAGCCAGAUGAUGUUCUGAGUGAAUCUGCGCCUAAGCGAGGUACAUGCUACCUCCAGGGAGGCUGACAAUGUUCUCAACAAGACUUACCCAUAGGGCAGACAAUCCGGCUCCUCCCGAGCCCACAAUCGCAAUCUUCAUGCUGUGUAUGGUGCUCUCAGAUUCUCAGUCCUAUUCUGAGAAGGCUCCCAGGCACUUUAUAUCAGGCUGCGGUGUCACUCUGAAAGGGACAGACAGAAAGGCCUCACUCAAGCUGUCAAAGGCCGGAUCGCAAAGGGUCUUCCUGCCCGUGACAUGUCCCAACUCUUAUGGUCGUGGGGUACAAAGACGAAGACGAGGCCGAAGCGAAGCGAAGCGAAUAUGGCAAGUCAAGUCGAUCAAAGGGUGUAUCGUGGGAUCUUUUGGAGAUGAAGGCGACUUUGACCGACAUCGUCAGUCUGUGGAGCGACAGAUAACAAUCAAAGGAUCUUUCAAGUACGGAACUUUAGGGGUGUUGGUGACAUCCUUGGGAGGAGUUGGAGUUCGGGUCGAAAGGAUCUUUGAAUGAUUCGGUUGACAACGCCGAGGGAAAGCCAGACUGUUCUUAUCUUGAAUGGAUAGGAAGUUGAAGACGGUGGAUAUCUUGGAUGAUCUUGUAUGACCUUGAAUGUUUAUCAGGCGGGUCAAGGAGAGAACAUCAGUUAUAUAUGUAUGGGGCUGUGAGUGGUGCCAUUCAGUAGGUAACGAGCAUGAAGGAAUCCGAGCCUUUAGAGU